CGACAGGCAAAGGUCGUCGUCAUGCAGCGGUACAAGGUGACUGUGGAGUACCUGGGCAGUGCAUUCAACGGCUUUCAAGCGCAGGUUGAAGCUCCCACCGUCCAAGUGGAACUGGAGAAAGCACUAAGGCGACUGGUGGGUGCUGGAAACGCAUCCCGAGUCGUGGUAUCCAGUCGCACCGACGCAGGGGUGCACGCGAUGGGAAAUGUGUGCCACGUAGAUCUCCAGAGGAUGCACCGAUGGGCACGAACAAGCACACCAUCUCACGACGCCACCACUUGCAGCGACGAAGAACCUCCCCAUUCCCCAGAAGUCGUGCGCAAUGCGAUGAAUUCGUUCCUGCGCGACCAUAAGCAACCCAUCGUUGUUCGACAAGUUGAAGCCGUGUCCAUGGACUUUCACUCGAGGUUCCAUGCUCGCGGACGGGACUACUUGUACCAGAUCUACGCGCCUCGGGAGCUCGUUCACGAUCGACACAGCGCCAAGCGAUCGCUCCCGUCCGCCCUGUUCACGCGAGACACGGCGUGGCAUGUGCCGGUGCCCCUGGACAUCCAAGCCAUGUCGGAAGCCUGUGAGUACUUUGUGGGGAAGCACGACUUUACCAGUUUCCGGGGCGUCAAGUGUCAAGCGUUGACGCCAGUGAAAACCCUCGAUCAUGUGGGCGUGGAGGUGGUGUCGUUGCCAGAUACGUAUCCGUUCGGCCAAGAGUUGCAACUGAUCAACGUCGAAGUGUCCGCGCCAUCCUUCUUGUAUCACAUGGUGCGCAACAUCGUGGGGGCGUUGGUGGAGGUCGGGCGCCACAAGCUCAAGCCACAAGACAUUGAGCGCAUUCUGCACGGGAAAAGUCGCCAGCUGGCCCCCCGUAUGGCCCCAGCCCAUGGAUUGUACUUGAAACAUGUAAAAUAUGACAUGUAG